AUGUCAACACGUCGAAAGCAUUUGGGAUCAGCAGUGUUUGAUGGUCACUUGUAUGCAGUAGGAGGGCGAGAUGAUUCAUGCGAACUGAGUUCAGCUGAAAAAUACAAUCCUCUCACUAACGAAUGGACUGCGGUGGUUGCCAUGAACAACAGAAGAUCUGGUGUGGGAUUGGCUGUUGUUAACGAGAGGUUAUAUGCUGUGGGCGGGAUUUGA